AUGUCCACCCCUGUGGAUAAUCUUGGUGCAUUAGCGCUGGCGUCUUCUCAGGCGGGCCAAGUCGAGAUCUCUGAGCGUGCCAGGGAGCGCGAAAUUGCAGCCUACCUCUCCGCUGCCUCGUUCCCCCCGGGGAUGCCAACUGCUUUUCAAGAGACGGCAUUGCUCUGCACCGAUCCCACUCUCAAUGCCCUCACCCAAUUAGGCGCCCUCCGCCUCAAUGUCGACCGCGCGUUCGUCUCGCUCAUCGACCGCCGGUAUCAGUAUGUCGUCUCCGAGGUUACCAGAACGCACUCGUUCGUCGGCAUGAAGUGCGCCCCCGGUGACACCGUGGCGAUAGGCGUCUGCAAGCUCCGCAACUGUGACGGCAUCUGCCCUGCCACCAUGAUGGCUUUCAUGGACGAGACGGGAGAGUGGGUGAAGACCGGCCCAGAUGUCAUCGCCAACCGGACGCGCUACAUCAUCAACGAUUUCCGGACCCACCCCGACUACAAGGACCGACCGUACGUGACGGGCUAUCCGCAUUUCACCUCCUACCUCGAAGUCCCGCUCGUGUCCCCGUUGGGUUAUCUUCUGGGAAGCUAUUGCGUCGUCGACAGCAAGCAGAACAAUUUUGACAAGGACGAGCUCGUCGAGAUCAUGAACGAGAUUGCCGCCACCAUCAUGGCCCACCUCGAAAACGUGAGGAUCAAGCAGAGCCGGGACAGGUCUGAACAGCUGAUCCAGGGCUUAAGCGGCUUUAUACGACAAGACCCGCCCAUCGGCCCCGGGCCGGCCCCAGAGAGCGCCGCACCCGAGGGAGCGGAGUCGACACUGGACCUGCAUGGCUCGACCGCUUCCAGUAGGCUAGGUCGGAACGACCCCACCCGAACGGCAUCGUCGCAUGACCUGGAGUCAUCCGACCCGCGACCAAGGAUGGCCUCACUGCCGUCCCAAGAGUCUGCAACAUCCGCUUUGUCACUCGCUUCUCCACAGCAAGGCCGUUCAGAGACGCCUCCGACUACCCCUCGAGAUGACCCGGCCGACAACCCCAUGGAGCAACAACUCGAGGCGGCAAUCGCUCAAGCGGCCGCAGAGGCUGCCGCACCACGGCCGCCGAGCGCCCUGUCCGAAGACUCGGAGCCACACGGCUUCAUCAGCUCGGCCAACAUCAAGACCACCUUUUUCAGGGCGGCGGCCACGAUCCGGCGUUCCAUGGACAUGGAUGGUCUCAUGUUUCUCGAUGCCGUGCCUAGCUCCUAUCUCGACCGGCCGAACCAACCAUUGCUCGACUCGAGAGAAUCGUCACCGAGCCGGGCCGAGGGACCGUUUUGCGCGGCAAUCGUCAAGUCCGUCGCCGGCCAGGGAGCCGAGACCGUGACCCAUUCAACCCAUAUCCCACUUCCCGAAGUUUCGCUCCAGAGAUUUAUUCGAGCCUAUCCAAACGGCCACGUGUUUACCGCCGACGAGCUAGGUCCCAUCGAUGACAGUUACGGCGUUGGAAAGCUCUUCGAGUCUCGGCGCAAGGCAGACCAAGAGGGCUUGCGCCUGCGAAGCGACAUCGCCGCGCUCUUCCGCGUGUUGCCGGCCGCGAAGUACGUCAUUUUUUUGCCUCUGUGGCACUUUCAGCGGGAGUGUUGGUACGCCGCCACGCUCGGCUGGGUCGAGGAUCCCACGCGGGCGCUCAAUCUCGGCGAUGUCGGUCUGGUCUCAGCCUUUGGGAACUCGGUAAUGGCCGAGGUCUCGCGCUUAGAAGCGCUGGCUGCGAGCCGCGCCAAGUCCGACUUCGUCUCCUCACUCAGCCACGAGCUGCGGAGCCCACUUCACGGCAUCAUGGCGAGUAGCGAGCUGGUCCGCGAGAGCAUUUCGGAGCGCCCGCUCUUGGCGACGUUGGACAUGCUCGACUCGUGCGCCACGACACUGCUCGAUACCUUCAACAACCUACUCGACCACGCUGUCGUGACGCAUUCCGGACGGCGCGGCGGCGCUGGGGCACCCGCCAUUUCCGACAUGCAAGACACAGACUUGGGGAAAUUAGUCGAGGAUGUCGUCGACGUCGUCCGCGUCGGGCACCUCUCCGGAAACGCCCUGCAAAUGCAGGCUUCGCCUACCCGGCACAGACUCACCAAUGCGGAACACGGCUUCCUGGAACACCCGAUUCUCAUAACCGUUCAUAUUGCCCGACGCCCAUGGAAGCUUCCCUUCAACGUAGGCGCCUGGAAACGGAUCGUCAUGAACAUAUUCGGAAAUGCGAUCAAGUACACCAGCGCCGGUCGUAUCGAGGUCGGGCUUAAGGUCGUCAAGCGGACAGACAGGGUUGGAAAUGUUGUCGAUUAUGUCUCGUUCACCGUAGAGGACACGGGCGCCGGCAUGAGUUCCGACUACAUCAAAUACCGCUUGUUUACGCCGUUUUCCCAGGAAGACAGCCAUGCCCCAGGCAUGGGCUUGGGCCUCAGUAUUGUGCGGCAACUCGUUAGUGACCUCGGCGGCGCCGUCAACAUCAAGAGCUCGCUGGGCAUUGGCACCCUCGUCGAGGUUUUGGUUCCGUUCGGCGAGCAUGUUCCGGUCAUUACCGAUCAGCUCGCCGCCGACCGGGAGAUAUCGGAGCUCCGUGGGCGGACCUUGUGUUUUGUCGCAGCCGACGCCUGCGCAGCUGUGCCCGGGGCAGAGUUUCAGGUUAGUGACAAGUCCCGGGACUGGUCCAACAUCGUCCAGAAAGCCAUUAGCGCCAAUGCAGGUGCCUUUCUUGGGAUGCAGGUGGUGGUCGGGACCAAGGAUUGCCCGGCGCCGAGCGCGGACGUCUACAUUUUGGACAGCAGCAUGUUGGCCCAGCAAACGAAGGAGUGCCGCGACAGGGUCCUGCAGACCUGGCAGGCGCGCGCCACGCCGCUCGUGGUGCUCUGCUCAGGGUCAUCCUCGUGUUUCAAGCAGCAGCUCACAAAUGGCCAUGACCAUGGCCUUCACUUGCACCAUCCUAUCGGCCCGAGGAAGCUCGCCGCGGUUUUCCGGUCGGCACUACACGCCAAGUUUGAUGAUACGCUGAAUGCCCAGGCGAGAGACCAAGCAUGCAACUCGCUGUCCGAUCAGACCACUUUGCCAUUAUGGAGCAAGGAGCCGGCUUUACCACCGCCUAAUACAUCGUCCGGAAACACGGCCGGGCCGGAUUCCACAGAAAUAAGCGCUUCACAACCGCAGCCGACAAGCGGCCCCCAUCUCCUUCUUGUCGACGACAACCCUAUCAAUCUCAAACUCCUGACACAACUCGUUCGCAAGCUGAAACACACGUUCGCAACCGCAAAUAAUGGCCUCGAGGCCGUGCAGCUGUACAAGAAAUCCCUGGAGGGGCAGGCGAACCGCUUCGACUUAAUUUUUAUGGACAUCAGUAUGCCCGUGAUGAACGGAUUCGAGGCCACUCGUGAGAUACGGCAGCUUGAGCUUGCCGUCGGGGUGGGCCGAUGCAAAAUCGUCGCCUUGACGGGCCUCCGCAGCGACGUGAACGGGGCCGAAGCGACCGCAAGCGGCUUGGACUUGUUCUUGACGAAGCCUGUCAAGUUGAAUACCAUUAGGCAGUUAUUGGAUGAGAUCCGGGAGGGAGGCGGAGGGUAG